AUCACCUGCCGCCAUAUUGGAUCAACUCCCAGCGGAAGAGGAAGACAACUGAAAUUAUGAUGUCUCCUCCUAUUCGUUGUAGGAUAGUAAAAACCAGACGUCCGUAGCUGUAUGUAUCGGGAUAAACAUUUGAAGUGGUUUAUAAUAUCGGUCAGUGAGAGUACGAAGCGAAGGGUUUCAUUUUUUUGAGGGUUGAAUUUUUUUUAGGACUUGUUGUAAAUAUGACUUCCCUGACACAGCGGAGUUCGGGCCUAGUGCAGAGGCGGACCGAGGCCUCUCGUAGCUCUGCCGCCGACAAGGACCGAGGAACCGGGGAUGAGGACUUCGAGACCCGCCGCCGCGGAGGAGGAGGAGAGGAAGAGGAGGAAGAAGAGGAUAAAGCAGACUCCAAAGAAACUCGACUCACAUUGAUGGAAGAAGUGUUACUCUUGGGAUUGAAGGACCGCGAGGGCUACACUUCGUUCUGGAACGACUGCAUCUCGUCGGGGCUGCGUGGCUGCAUGCUCAUAGAGCUGGCCAUCAGAGGACGACUACAGCUGGAGACCUGUGGCAUGAGGAGGAAAAGCCUGCUCGCCAGGAAGGUGAUCUGUAAGUCAGAUGCUCCGACGGGAGACGUGCUAUUGGACGAGGCUCUGAAACACGUGAAGGAGACCCAGCCCCCAGAGACGGUGCAGAGCUGGAUUGAGCUGCUCAGCGGCGAGACGUGGAACCCUCUGAAGCUGCACUACCAGCUGAGGAACGUGAGGGAGCGCCUGGCCAAGAACCUGGUGGAAAAGGGUGUGCUGACCACGGAGAAACAGAACUUCCUCCUCUUCGACAUGACCACUCACCCGCUCACCAACAACAACAUCAAACAACGCCUCAUCAAGAGGGUUCAGGAGGCCGUGUUGGAGAAAUGGGUCAACGACCCGCACCGCAUGGACAAGCGGCUGCUCGCCCUCAUCUUCCUGGCCCACUCGUCUGAUGUCCUGGAGAAUGCCUUUUCCCCUCUGCUGGACGACCAGUAUGACCUGGCCAUGAAGAGAGUACGGCAGCUCCUGGACCUGGAGCCAGAGGGAGAGAGCACGAAGACCAACGCCAAUGAGUUGUUGUGGGCCGUGGUGGCCGCCUUUACCAAGUGACCUACCACCUUCAGACACCAGAGGGUGCUGUUGGUUUGGCGUUGGUUGAUGACGGUGGGGUUGAGGAAGAGGACAGGACAGUUUGGGGAGGGACAACGAGGAGAGGGCUGGUCUGUCUGGCCCAUCAAGGUAGUGACUUGACUGACUUGAGGUCACCUCCCUCUGUCUUUCUGAAGAGACUGGCCUGCUCCAGACCUGUCCCACAGCUUUCUGAACAGAAUGGUCUGUUCCAAACCUGUCCCACAGCUUUCUGAACAGAAAAUAUCUCUCUCCCUCGGUCCUUCUCCUUUUCCCUUCAUCGAGCUCUUUCUCUCUGCAAAGAUGUCAUUUAAUCACUCACUUUUACAAGAAAUGAAAACUCCCCCUGAUGGAGUGACAAGCAAUCAUCAUCAUCAUCCUCUUCCUCCCUGGACACAUCUUUCAGAAAUGUCUUCAAAGUAUGUAUGUUAUUCUCUACAGAUAUCUAUCUAGCUCUUAUUCACUAUAACCGACAGUGAGCUCCAACAGUAUUGGGACAUUGACCUAUUUGUUGUUGUUUUGGCUCUGUACUCCAGCACUUUGGAUUUUAAAUGAUACAUUGCCUAUGGGGUUUAAAGUGCGGACUGUCAACAUUCAUUUGAGGGUAUUUUCAUCCAUAUCGGGUGAACCGUUUAGAAAGUACAGAGCUUCUUGUACAUUGUCCCCCCAAUGACUACUUUAAUACACAUAUAAGUGAAUUUGUCCCAAUACCUUUGGUCCCCUAAAAUGGGUGGGAGGACUAUGUACAAAAAAAAAUGCUUUAAUUUCUCAACAGUUCACGUGAUAUGGGAUGAAAAUACCCUCAAAUUAAUGCUGACAAACUGCACUUUAACCUCAUAGUCAAUGUAUCAGAGCCAAAACAACAAAUAUGUCACUGUCCCAAUACUUUUGGAGCUCAGUGAUGCAGAUUCCAUGUACGUGGAACAUAGUAGUAGUAUAUGAAUUGAAUACUAGAUAAUUAUCUUCCUGACAAGUCUUGGAUUUGAUUUCCUCUCCAACAUGACGACAUGGUCUGAAAUGUCCUGUUUCUGUUUUACUCUCAUGUUUUGUGGAUGAAAAGCUUCCCUCGUUAAGGUGUCUGGGUUCCUGACCACGGCUCCAUCUGAAAUCUAUCCUACUACGUAGACACUGAGUGUACAAAACAUUAGGAACACCUUCCUAAUAUUCAGUUACGUCCCCCUUCUUGCCCUCAGAACAGCCUCAAUUCAUCAGGGGUAUGGGACUCAAUUCAUCAGGGGUAUGGGACUCAAUU